CCCACCCUCCUCACCAAACCGCGCGAGACCAACUACCCCUAGGCCAUCUUCUUCUUCCCCACGAAAGAAGGAUCUGCCCAGGGGCAAAAUCCUCCUUCAUCGCCAGGAGAGAAGAACGACCAUGGCGGCUCCCAGGGAGAAAUAAGAGAAGAGAAGAGAAGAGGGCUUAGAAAUCAGAAAAGAAGACCAAGAGAAAAGCAGAUCAAAAGGAGGAGGGCGGAAAAAGAACCUACCUGGAGAUCCACAGGUUGAAGCAACUUUCAAGGAUGAUAGACCUCAAUGUGUUGCCUCCCGAUCUCAAUGAGUUGCCAAAUGAUGAUGUCGAGUUUGUACAUUCAGGGGUCUCACACAGCCUCAUCAAGAUCAUGGCUUGAUGAGAUGUCAACAUGCAAUCAGAAAGCCAUACACUCGAGGAAACAAACACCACAGUUGCAGGACCUACUGAAACAGAACUAAGGGCAGGGCCAAUUGGUGUUGAUCGAAAUGCUAUGGAUGAAGAUGAGGCUGGUUCUCAGCCAAUGGAGCCAUUUGUUGGGAUGAGAUUUGACACUCUGCAGGGUGCUAAGGAUCACUACAAUGAUUAUGCCCUAAAAAUCGGUUUCUCUAUUAAGAUGAACACUUCAAGGAGGAAUUCUUAUACCAACAUAUUGGAGAAACAGCAAGUUACAUGUAACAAGUUUAGGAAGCCAAAAUAGGAUGAUGCAGGAGCUGAAUUGCCACCUGUGCUAGAUCCUAUACCAGACCCCAAACCUUUGGGUGAAGAAGAAGAAAUGGAAGAAGUGCCAAUAUUCAAUGGAGAGGAUAGUGGAAAAAAGAAGAAUAAGAAGAAGCGCAAGAGAGAAAGGAUAAAGCAAACACAAUGUAAGGAAAAAAUGCUGGUUAAAUUGAAGGAUGGGCGGUGGGAAGUAACCCACUUUGUCCGUGAUCAUAAUCAUCCUUUGGUCCCCAAGCCUUCGCUCUCCAAAUACUUGCGAUCUCACAUGGGUAUACCGCCGGAGGAAAAGAAGUUCUUAGAGAUACUCUACAACUGCAACCUCACUUCAGGCCGUAUGAUGACUAUCAUGUCAGAGUUUUAUGGCUCGGAGCUAAAUGUACCAUAUGGACCUAAAGCAAUAACAAACUGAUGUGCUGGCUUCUCCAAAGACUCAACGAAAGAGGGGGACAUUAUUGAGACAAUUGAACAUUUUAAAGAGUUGCAAAAAGAUGAUCCAGACUUUUUCUAUAAAAUAAAAUAAGAUCUCGAAGGAAGGGUAGAAAACAUUUUUUGGGUGGAUGGCUUUGCGCGGAAAGCUUAUACAGAGGCAUAUCAUGAUGUGUCUCCUUUGACACAACCUACAUGACCAAUAUGUACAACAUGCCUUUUGCUCCGUUCAUUGGAAUCAACCUUCAUGGGCAGUCUUUCAUGUUGGGCUGCAUGUUUGUGAGGCAAGAAAUGGAGACUAGCUUUGAUUGGGUUUUUGGAGCUUUCCUAGAGGCUAUGAAUGAAAGGGCACCGGAUAACAUAACUACUGAUCAGGAUGUGGCAAUGAAAGAGUCCAUAAAGAACAUAUUUCCCACAAGUGUGCACCGAUAUUGUCGGUGGCACAUCAUGAAAAAAGCUCAAGAGAAAGUUGGAUGGUUGCUAGGCCGGAACCCGGGAUUGUCUGAAGAUUUCAACCUUUGCGUUGAUUUCAGUUUCACACCAGAUGAGUUUGAACAGAAUUGGGCUGUGUUGAUGAUGAAAUAUGAGGCAAUUACACACACCCAUUUUGAGAAGCUAUAUGAAUAUAGGAACACUUGGGUGCCAUGUUACUUCAAGCAUAGAUUUUUCUCGUUCUUGCAGUCUACACAACGAAGUGAGGGGUUCAAUGCAGUCUUGAAGCGGUAUGUCAACCCUCACAAGUCAAUUUUGAACUUUGUGAAGCAGUACCACAAAAUACAGACACACAUCCUCGUCAAGGAAGGGUGCAAUGACUACAGGACAGAACAUCUGGAUCUUGACAUGUGGUCACAAUUCCCAAUAGAGAAGCAGGCAUACAAGACAUAUACUAGAGAUCUUUACUGCAAGUUCCGUGAUGAGUUUUCGAUGAUUGGACGCUACAAUGCAUUCCAAAUUUGUGUGGAAACGUUUGAGCUGAAACCAAAUAUGGAAUGGGUUGUGAAGUAUGGUUCCAGGAACUACUUGGUGUUGGCAAAAAUACCCGAGGGACAAUUUUCAUGUGAGUGUACCAAAAUGGAGAGGGAUGACAUCCUUUGUUGCCACAUACUGAAAGUGUUCACACAUAUUGGGCUUGAUGUCAUCCCGGAGUAGUACAUGUUGACGCGUUGGACGCCAAUUGCUGUCCCAAGUGUGCCAAGUGCCACUAGCCAGCAACCUGAUGUAAUGCCUCCUGCCUCUCUAAAGGAAAUUAGGCAUGCUAACAUGACCUCAGACUUCCAAAAACUAGCAAAUUUUGCUUGUGGUUCUGAUGCAGCAAAAGGCAUUGUUGAUAAACACAUGCAUGCAGCGCCGACAGAGAUUGUGCAGCUGAACAAGUCUAGAAGGAAAAAAAGGGCUGCAAGAGAGGCAGGUCCGUCCGCUGGUGAUAACAACCAGGAUCCUCCCGUGCCGCCUACAUCUACAGGGCCUACUCCAGCAACUACCCCUACUGGACGUGCUCCACCACCUACUCCCAUGGGCCGUGGUGGACCACCUCCUCCCAUGGGACGUGCUGGUCGUGGUCCACCAUGUCCUCCCAUGGGUCGUGCUGCUCAUGCUCUAGUGCCUCCUCCCAUGGGUCGUGCUGAACAGCCUCCCGAUGGGUCAUGGUGGGCCACGUGUGAGUAAUGCUUCGGCACCUCUUCCUAUGGGUAACGCAACACAGGGACAUACUAACUGCACCGAGCGGAUGUCGCUUACGAGCAACGACGAUGAGGUUGCAACUCCUAGGGAUCUGCCAAAGUCAACUACAAAAGGGAGGGCAAGGAGUAGACGCUAUCAUUCAGCUCUUGAACUGCACCCGAAAAGGAAAAACAGGUGCAGCUACUGCAACUCAGAUAAGCACAAUGCUGCUAGCUGCCCUACGAAGUUGGCGUGACAACUUGGUGACAUAUAAGCAAUAGAUAAAAUGGGGGAAGAAUCAAAAGAAAAGUUCUGGCUUUGCACUGUUAGGACAUGGAUGGAACUAUGAAGAUCCAGCAACAAAAAACUGCUUUGGAAACUUCUUCUUUAUGUUGUUUAAACUUAGCAUCUGGCCCAUUUGUAUUUCAUGUUAAAAAAGUCCUAUAUACUAUCACUUUGCUAUGUGUGAGGCUACCUAUUUAUGCCUCUGUUGGCAAAUGUACACAUUUACGCAUGCAACAUAGUAAAAAGAAUUUUUUUUACUAUGUGUGUUGUCCUUUAGUGAUUGAUUGUUUGAUGGUUUACCAGAACCGAAAAGGGUUGUGCAAGUUAAUUAGUAUCAAUGUGCAAGUAUCUUCCCUGUAUGUGCAAGCGUAACAUCUCCAGGUACUAUGCCAUGUAAAAAAUAAAAAAAGGAAAAGGAAUAAAAUUGUAUCAUUCUUAGGGUUAAAAAUAACACCACCAAACAACAGUUCAAGAAACAGAAUGUGCAACCUGGGGCAAAAAAACCCCAGAUGAAAUUGUGCAACUGAACUUGUGUUAGGUGUGCAACUGAAUGAGUACCAUUGUGCAACUAUCGUGCAGACCGAUGGUAGCGGAUAAAAGAAGGAGCAAAAACAAAACUUACUCAUUGUACCGUACAAUGUCCUUACAUGGGGCUUUGUUGAGAGUAGAGUCAACCAUCUUGUAGGUCAUUAUCCUCCUCAUGCUUAGGCACUCUUUUGGUUCGUAGUUUGGCAAUUGUCUCCCAUUCCAAAUGCUAGUAUUGAACAACAUGAACACACCACAUUCAUUGCUGUGCAA